AUGAGAGCAAUCAUAUUGCGUCAUUUGGUGCUUGCACCUCUGCUGUCCCUGAUUGUGCUUUUGAUUGGUGUGUCAGCGGAGCUUGAGGUUGCACCUGCUCCACCAGAGACGCCCGCGUUCCUGGAGGUUACGGAUGUUGAGGAGGGGGAGAAGGCGGCUGACGCUGAUGAGAACGGUGCCUUCAUCGGCGGCGCNGUGGGAGCAGAGAAUGCGACUGAUAGAACGCCACAACAACACCUCAAGCUUUCACAGCCGCUGCCGACGGAGGCCGUUAUUCAGGAAAAUGAAGCUGUUCUGCCAAAUUAUGUGUUUGCUAUUCCUGUUGCUUUAAUCUUAUUUUUAUUUUGGUUUGCCACACGUUUUUUUAAAAAACGUUGGCGUUCGCCUCUGCAUUGGGUACAGACCGCACAGUCAGCGGAGUUCUCAAAACGUGAUGCUGUCGUAGACGGUGAAGGCGGCAACGACGAAGCACAACAUGUGGCCGUUGGUUUUGAUUCCGCAUCGGUCAUUGACAAUGAAAGUCAUGUAAAGUCCCGAAAGGUUAAGCAGUAG